AUGCGGCUCUCUAUCGGUGUCAUAUCUAGCUUUCUCGCGUUGACGGCUUUUGCUUCGAAGAUCCGUCCCCGUCAAAGCAACAGUACAGAUUACAAGCUUGGUUUUACACCGCUUAAGACUGAGUGGACAGACACGGUAGGAACAAAUCCAUGGCCUGAAUAUCCGCGCCCACGCCUCCAGCGGCCCGAUUGGAAGAACCUAAACGGCGUCUGGCGGUAUAGCAAUACGACGAAUGGGUCGGAUGCGUCGCCGCCGUUUGGACAGCAACUGCAGAACGCCGUAUUGGUUCCGUUUUGUCUGGAAAGUGCCCUCUCGGGUGUCACGGGUAAAGGCCGCUACUGGAGUUGGUACCAGACAAGCUUUGAUGUGCCGUCUGCUUGGCCCAGCACGAAUAACGUCAUUUUAAACUUUGGCGCCGUCGACUAUGAAGCUACAUUAUUUGUGAAUGGCAAGAAGGCUGGGUUCCACAGAGGCGGGUAUCUUGAAUUCAGCGUCGACGUGACGCCAUAUCUAAGUACCAAUGGUACCAAUGAGCUUCUUGUGUACACGUACGAUCCUACAGACCUGAAUUUGAUUCAGAUUCCCAUCGGAAAGCAAAUCAACGUGACGGUACAUAGCAGUAGCAAUUCUACUCGCACCUCAUACGACAUAACCGUUCAUGAAUUGGGCUCGACUGAUGCCAAAACGACCGCCACCGGUACCAGCGGUACACCUUUUGUCUUUACUGUUGACUCUCCGGAUCUAUGGACCCCCGAUACCCCAACCUUGUACAACAUCACGGUUAAAAUGGGUAGUGAUACGGUCCAAAGCUAUACCGGAUUUCGAACCGUCUCGAGAGGUGUGAUCAACGGCGUACAGCGGCCGCUCCUGAAUGGAGAUUUCAUCUUUUCCUUUGGAACGCUCGAUCAAGGUUUCUGGCCAGAUGGCAUCUAUACCCCUCCGAGUGUCGAAGCCAUGGUAUACGAUUUGAAAGUUUUGAAAAGAGUCGGGUACAACAUGGUCCGCAAGCACAUCAAAGUCGAGCCAGCGUUAUUCUAUCGAGCCUGUGAUGAGAUGGGAAUCUUGUUAAUCCAGGACAUGCCAUCUCUGCGACCCGACUUACCCGGUGGCCGCCGACUAGAUCCAUCAGCACAGUUUGAAUUCGACAGACAACUAGGACUCAUGGUCGAGCAACUCAAAUCCUACCCCAGCAUCUUCGCAUGGACCAUCUACAACGAAGAAUGGGGCCAAGCGACCAGCGCUCCAUGGCCUGAAUUCAGACUGACAGAGUUGGUCCGCAGCCUCGACCCAACCCGUCUCAUCAACGCCGUCAGCGGCUGGACGGACCACCGCGCCGGCGACUUCGACGACAACCACCACUACGCCACGCCCCAAUGCGGAACACCAUUCUGGUCGCAACAAGGCGGCGGCUUCGACUCAGCGUACGACAGUUCGCGAAUCGGGCUGCAAGGCGAAUUCGGCGGCGUCGGCACCCUCGUCACCGACGACAAUUUCACGCAUUCGUGGUUUAAAUCCGUGGACAGACAACAAGCGUACGAGUUCGCAAACACGACGGCCGUGUGGAACUACCGCGGUCAUGUUCUCUUACGUGAACUGCGCGAGCAGGUCGACAUGUUUGCGUGCUCGGGCGGCGUGUGGACUCAGACUACGGAUGUGGAGGGCGAGGUCAAUGGCAUGAUGACGUAUGAUAGGAAGGUGAUUCGCAUGAAUGAGACGAUGUGGAAAGAGGAUAUUCAGGCUCUGUAUGAUGCUGCUGAGAAGCGGGCGCAUAAUAUGACGGUGCUGAUUAGCGAGAGUGCGAUGAUCGGGGUUGGACAGCGCGUGGUAUGA